UAGAGUUAUCUUGACAUUGUUCAAAGCUGAAAGCAUUAAGCUUUAGCAGCAAAAUGCAAAAAUCGGAAUUCACAAAUAUGAACAAUGAAUUUGACGUUCAUAUGAUUUGAGGUGCCGUCUUCAACAAACAAUAACGACAUUCAAUCCAAUUCCAUCUCAAAGACCGAUUUUUUUCCGCACACAAAAAAGCUUGAUCGCACCGACCCAGAUUGGAUCUCUCUCUCUCAAUCUUCCUUAGGCGUAAUUUGAUGAAUUUGAUUAUGAAACCAGGUCCUGUGCUAGAAAGGCAGCUUAUGCCCUGGCUUUGUUAUGCACCCAAGUGAGGUUAAGUAGUUGGUUUUGGUCAAAGAGUAUGCUGGAUUUGUUGUGGAGUAUAUAAAUGGCAAUAAUUCGACAUACAGAAGGAAAUGGUACAGAGUGAAUUGGAUUCUGACAAGGGCAACUUUGCUAGGAUCACUGGUGGCAACAGUGGAAGAGUAGGUUCUGUCUUUGGCAGAGAGCCUUCAUUUUCAAGCUGGUGUGAUGCGGACGAAGAAGUCCAUUUGAAUCGGGAAUUAGGAAAUGCAAGGAAUGAUCUUGUGGACGAAGACCCUUGUUUUGAAUUAUUGUUUCAUCAGGAGCUACAAAGAGGGCCUUUAGAAAGGGAGAGACUGUUUCACCUAAAGUUUCAGCAUAGCAUUUUGUAUGGUGCUAGUAACAUGGAUGAAGAUUCAAUUCAUCGGAGAGUAAAUGGAUCUGAGAAGCAUGUGCCUUUUGAUAUUGAGAACAGGCCUACAGGGGGACUGACUCAUGUUGACUCCUCCAUGUCCUUGGAAGAUCAUGGAUCUUUGGCGAAAAGCUCCCGCAAUCCUAUUUCUGUGGGAUAUAUUUUAAAGACCUUUUUUUUCAUUCUUAUUUGGUACACAUUCAGUCUAUGUUUGACCCUGUACAAUAAAACUCUAUUAGGAGCUGAUAUGGGGAAGUUCCCGGCUCCUUAUAUGAUGAAUACUUUCCACUUCAUAAUGCAAGGUGUCCUAUCAAGGAUUAUUACCUGGUGCUGGUCUCAUAAAUUUCAAACUGGUGUUGUCAUGUCUUGGAGGGAUUACUUUUUGAAAGUUGUGCCGACUGCUCUUGGAACAGCAUUGGAUGUUAACCUGAGCAAUGCAUCUUUAAUUUCCAUCUCUGUCACGUUUGCUACAAUGUGUAAGUCUGGGGCUCCAAUUUUUCUCCUUCUGUUUGCUUUUGCAUUCCGGUUGGAGGCACCAAGCUAUAAACUAUCUGGCAUCAUCGUAGUCAUCUCUGUCGGCAUAUUACUAACAGUUGCAAAGGAGACAGAAUUUCAGUUAUGGGGGUUUAUACUUGUUAUGCUUGCUGCUGUUAUGUCUGGGUUCCGCUGGUGUAUGACCCAGAUCCUUUUGCAGAAAGAAACCUAUGGUCUAAAAGAUCCACUUACGCUUAUGAGCUAUGUGGCACCAGUAAUGGCAGUGGCAACUGCACUUCUCUCUCUUGCAUUAGAUCCAUGGCAUGAACUCCAUAACAACAAAUACUUUGAUGAUUCAAGGCAUAUUACUCAAAGUUUCUUCCUGAUGAUUUUGGGGGGCAUUCUUGCCUUUUUCAUGGUGUUAACCGAAUAUUUUUUGGUCUCAGUAACCAGUGCAGUCACAGUCACAAUAGCAGGGGUAGUCAAGGAGGCCGUCACCAUAUUGGUUGCGGUAUUGUACUUUCAUGAUAAAUUUACAUGGGUGAAAGGACUCGGUCUCUGCACUAUUCUGUUUGGUGUCAGUUUAUUCAACUGGUACAAAUAUCUGAAGCUUCAGAAGGGCCAUUUUGGUGAGGGCGAGGUGGCAGUACUUCACACAACAGAUUCUGCUGGCAAAUAUGUUAUUCUUGAGGAGAUGGAUGAGCAGGAUAUCUGAAACUUCAUAGCAACAUCUUCAAAUUACCUCUUGAUGCUUCCAUUGGAUUUGUGAUGUGAAGGUGCUUUCCAAGUUUGUCAGACCGGAGGAAACAAAUCGCCCGGCAAUGAUCAACAUUUAAGCCCAAUCAUUCAUCACUUCCAUUUUAAAAUUUUGUAAUUGAAUAUCUUGUAUUCUGUUAGUGUUUCAUCGGUAGGACAAAUUUUGGUAUUCUUGACUUGAGUUGUCAAGAUAUAUUUUGUAGAUUAAGGCAGCAGGGUGUAGUAGAUCAAAGGUUUAUUUUUGUUUUAAUGUAUCGA